GACACGAAGGCCGCCGAGGGAGGCUGCUGCCCCUUUGGCACGCUGUCCGCGGGGCCUGGCAGCUGCGUGGAGGCCAGCUGUGAGAGCAAGCUCCAGUACCACUGCGGCAGCGAUGCUUCUGCGGCGCCCGCCUGCGCAGAGGAGCCCACGGCACCAGCGGAGCUGGGCGCGAGCAUCACCGGCACGGUGACCAGGUGCGCCAAGGGCAGCGCGGUGUGCUACGCACUCGACAGCCAGCCUUUGUCGGGGUCGUGGGAGUGGGUGUACAAGAAGAAGGACAGGCUGUACCUCGCGCGCGGCUGCGACUCGGACCCCGGCCCGGACCCCGCCCCCAUCAGCGGCGCCGCGGGCAGCCACGGGCUGGUGGCGCUGCUGCUCCCGGGGCUGCUGCUGCCUGCCGCGGGGCUGCUCUCCGCCGCGUAG